AUGGGGUCUGUAACAGCUCUCCGGAGUUUGGAUCUGUUUGUCGUUUUGUCUCUGCUGUCCCCGUCUAUCAACGCGAACCGGAUGAUCGCAGACACACCGGACCUCCAGAAGUCCCCCUCCACCACCGGACUCGGGGUGAAGGAGCACUCACAGAUUGUUGCCCAGCACAAUAGAUUGCGCAGCCGGGUCAAACCCAUGGCAGCUAACAUGCAAAAAAUGGAGUGGGAUGAGAAGUUGGCCUUACUUGCAAAGGAGAGGGCAGAAUCCUGUCACACAGACCCCUCCCCUCAGCACUCCUCAACCUCCAGUCACAUUGGCUGGAACACACAUCUUUCUGUUCAUGGUGUCGCUUCAUUUUCUGACAUCAUCGACUCCUGGUUUGAGGAGGGAAAGGAUUUUCUCUACUUAAGUGGGCAAUGUAGAGAGAACGCCAGCUGCCAACACUACACACAGCUUGUGUGGGCCACUUCGAGUCAUGUGGGCUGUGCCAGCCAGCUGUGUCUGAGAGAAGGAGACCUCCGGGAGAUUUUUGUCUGUGCAUAUUACCCAGGAGGUAACUGGGAGGUGAAUGGUCGACUGGUGAUUCCCUACAAGUCGGGGCUGUGCUGCUCUCUCUGUACCUCUUCCAUGUCUGGCUGCUUUAGACUGUGGGAUCAUGUAGGUGGAUUGUGUGAGAUUCCAAGGAAUCCAUGCCGUAUGAGCUGUGGUCAGCACGGCCGUCUUAACAUCUCAUCCUGCAAGUGCAUGUGUGACGCGGGAUUCACGGGACGCUUCUGCCAGGUACGGUGCAGUGUGCAGUGUGUACACGGUCGUUUCAAAGAAGAAGAAUGUUCCUGCCUGUGUGAUGUCGGCUAUGGCGGUGCUGAGUGUGCAGAGAAAGUGCCGUUUCCCUUCCACAGCUGUGAUGUGAUGAUAGAUGGAGAUUGUUUCAUGGUGUCUUCAGAAGCUGACACCUACUACGGAGCCAAAAGUCACUGUCAGGAACGAGGAGGUAUUCUAGUUCAGAUCCACAAUCAGAAGGUUCAGGACAUCCUGGCGUUUUAUCUCGGUCAGCUAGAGACAAGCAACGAGGUCACCAGCAUUGACUUUGAAACAAGAAACUUCUGGAUUGGUCUGACAUACAAGCCUCUGAAAGACUCAUUUCGCUGGGACACCGGAGAGAUCCCUACAUUCAGCAGCUUUGCCUUUGGGCAACCAGACAACCAAGGUUUUGGAAACUGUGUAGAGCUGCAGGCAUCAAGUGCUUUCAACUGGAACGACCAGCGCUGUAAGACACGGAACAGAUAUGUUUGCCAGCAUGCUGCAGAGCACAUUGCCCGGUGGUAGGAUGGAGGGUGAUGGACCUCUCCGUUGUUGG